CAGCAUUGUUCUUUUAAGAAAUAGCCACAUUGCUUGAUUUAAAAAAACCUUGACAUUUUUUAUGGAGGUGGAAUUAAACUUGUAUCUUGAGCAGAGAGCGCUUUAUUUCAUUAGAAGGAACCCUAUUUCAUUUCUAUCUGGAGGAAUGGAUAUAAUGAAACACCGGAAGACGGGCAGGGCGUGCAAUGUGCAACGGUGAUCUAUAUAGGUUAAGCCGCGGUUACUAAUAUCGGGUAUUACAGUGACUGCUUUUAGAAGUAUUUCGCUAAAACAGGGGCUUUAAUUUAUUUUAUACAAAGUUUGAACGGUUUCCUUCGAUUACAAUAUAUUCCUCAUCUUAUUUGCAGUUGCUCAACAGCUAAAACAAGAUAUGGAAGAUGUUUUAUUGGAGGAAGGUGAUGACUGUCCUGUACUGGUACCUAUUGAGAACGAAUUGAAUACCCAGGCAGCUCAGAUACCAGUUACAAUCAUUACAGGAUAUUUAGGUGCUGGAAAGACAACUCUUUUAAAUUACAUAUUAACAGAGCAGCACAACAAGAGGAUUGCGGUUAUUCUGAAUGAGUUUGGAGAAGGAAGUGCUUUGGAGAAAUCGCUGGCAGUGAGUCAAGCAGGAGAGCUGUACGAGGAGUGGCUGGAGCUUCGAAAUGGCUGUCUUUGCUGUUCAGUAAAAGAUAAUGGACUCAAAGCCAUCGAGAAUCUCAUGGAGAAAAAGGGAAAGUUUGACUAUAUACUGUUGGAGACAACUGGACUGGCUGAUCCAGGAGCUGUAGCUUCUAUGUUUUGGGUCGAUGCUGAACUGGGAAGCGAUAUUUAUCUCGAUGGUAUUGUAACAGUCAUAGAUGCAAAAUAUGCCAUGCAGCAUCUAACUGAAGAGAAACCAGAGGGACAGAUUAACGAAGCCGCUAGACAGAUUGCUCUGGCCGAUCUUGCCAUCAUCAACAAAACAGACUUAGUUGGGGAAGAGGAACUCUGUCGGCUCAGGGAGGUUGUGAGAUCAACAAAUGGACUAGUCAGGAUCAUUGAAACUCAGAAAUCAAGGGUUGAUCUUUCCAGUGUUUUAGAUCUGCAUUCAUUUGAUAGCAAAGCCGGAGCAAGUUUGCAGGAAAAGCUGCUACACAUUCAAACAACACAACCACAUCUGGACAAGAGUAUUGUCACUGUGACAUUUGAAGUCCCUGGAUGCAUUUCAGAAGAACGCUUAAAUGUAUUUAUUCAGAAUCUCCUGUGGGAGAAGACUAUUAAAAACAAGACUGGCUUGUUAAUGAAUGUCAUACGCUUAAAGGGGAUUCUUUCUAUACAGAACAAACCACAGAAGGUGAUACUCCAGAGUGUUCAUGAGCUGUACGACCUAGAGGAGACUCCACAGAUCUGGGACAGUGAAGAACCUAGAAUCAGUAGACUGGUAUUCAUAGGUAAAAACCUUGACAAGGGUAUCCUAGAGGAAUUAUUCAUCACAACUGUUCUCAACCAAACAAGCAGUGAUUAACUGAAGGACAUCUCCAUGUGAUGCCCACACUUGAGAGAGAUCUAAGAUGUGUUACUUAUUUAAGAGAACCUUAAUUGAAAAGCUAUUCAUCACACCAAAUUAAGGGACUGUAGUGUAGCUACACAGUAAUUAGAGUGGAGUAGAUAAAUUAUCUGUGUACAGAUACAUUUACAUUUUCAAAUAAAGAUGAAAAUUGUUUUUGAA